CCGGCGCACGUCUCCAUCUACCAGUGCGCAAUAAUUGAAAUGGCGCUUUUGGCCGCGGGCUGCUGGAGCGUGAUGCAUGACGGGAGACGUCAUCCGGCUCCGGAGCCGCGGGGACGUUGAUGCUGCAAAGAUGUGAGCUGUCGGGAGGAAGACGGGGUGUGCGGGUGGACAGGAGUCCAGCGGUUCUGCGGGUCACAGCUUCACGUUUCAUGGAUGUUUAAUAAAGUGAGUGUAGGUCACAGGAACGAGCCGGGGCGGGACAGAACCACGCACCGGGCGCGGUAGUGAAACCUAAUCCCGGCCCCUGGGGGUCUGAAGGGCCCCGGGCCAGACUACUCGAUCAGCCCUCCUCUUAUUGUGUCGGAGGAGACGGCGGGGCUCAUUUCUCUGCUGCUGACACACACCGGAGGACCGGGAGCCGACCGGACUCAACCCGACACUUCACACCGCGAGACGGAGCAGACAGACACCGGUCUCCAUGUCCUCUGUGUCGGUGUCCUCUCAGGAGGGGCGGAGCAUGUCCAGGAUGUCUCUGAGCCGUUCACCCUCGUCCCCGAUGACCGCCCAGGGCAUCCCGUCACCCGCCCAGCUCACCAAGGCCAACGCCCCGGUCCACAUUGACGUGGGAGGGCACAUGUACACCAGCAGCCUGGCAACGCUCACCAAAUACCCCGAGUCCAGGAUCGGUCGUCUGUUUAGCGGCACUGAGCCGAUCGUGUUGGACAGUCUGAAGCAGCACUACUUCAUCGACAGAGACGGAGACAUCUUCCGCUACAUCCUCAGCUUCCUGCGCACCUGCAAACUGCUGCUGCCCGAAGACUUUAAGGACUUCCCUCAGCUGUACGAGGAGGCUCGGUUCUACCAGCUGACUCCAAUGGUUCGGGAGCUGGAGCGAUGGCAGGUGGAGCGAGAGUCCCAGCGGGCUCCACCCUGUGAGUGUCUUGUGGUUCGCGUCACUCCUGAUCUUGGCGAGAGGAUCGCGCUGAGUGGAGAGAAGGUUCUGAUCGAGGAGAUCUUCCCCGAAACCGGAGACGUCAUGUGUAACUCCGUCAACGCCGGCUGGAACCAGGACCCCACCCACGUCAUCCGCUUCCCCCUCAACGGCUACUGCAGACUCAACUCUGUGCAGGUCCUGGAGCGUCUGUUUCAGAAGGGCUUCAGCAUCAAGGCGUCCUGCGGCGGAGGCGUCGACUCGUCCCAGUUCAGCGAGUACAUCCUGUGUCGUGAGCUGCGGCACAGCCAGUCCAUCUCCACCACCCCGGUCCGGAUCAAACAGGAACCUCUGGACUGAACUUCACUUUUACUUUUUUAAAUAUAUUAUUAAUGGUGCGUUCUUCACAUCUGGAGCUGCAAAUGUCUCCAGUCAGCUGAAAACUCAACAGGAACCUUCUGUAGACUCCAGAUCAGAUGCGACACAAACUGACGUGUAAAUAUUUGUACUGAGAACAUCUUUGAUACAACAGCGUGAAUAUUGUCUCUGUGUGAACAAAUGAUGGAACGGUCAUUUUUAUAAGUGCGUUAGGACACCGCAGGGUGCUUAAUGUAAUUCUUUUUAUAAAACUGCCAUUUUGAAAAUGUAUAUUUAAAUGUAUUUGUUAGCUUACUUUGUGUCACUAUUUUUCAUCAGAUAAACAGACAAACGUC